AUGGGCGUGGGCGUGUUCGUAGUGGAAAGAGGGAAGGCGGGUGUCAACAUGACCGAGGUGGUUGCAGACACACGUAAGCUCGCGGCGGCCUCCUGGAGCGUCGCAGUGGUGGUGGCGAGCGCGGAGCGGAGGUUCCUGGCCGCCUUCGCCGAGGCCUCGCUUCGGUGCCGCCUCCUGCAGUGGGACACCCGUCUCCUGCUGGUCACCCGGCUCGCCCCGCAGGAACUUCGCGCCCUCAUGAGCGAUCACUGGGCCUUCUCUAUGAUGAACGUCAUGCUCAUAAACACGGAGGAAGGCCAAGAGGGAAGGAGGAGGAGCAAGAGGUACGGAGUCUACACACACUUGCCCUACGGACCCCACGGACGCCAUCAGACGGCGAGGGCGGCCUCCUGGACCCCAGAAUCCGGCCUCGUUCUAAGCCCCGGCGCCUCCGUCUUCCAGGAGAAAUAUUCGAACUUCCACGGCGCCGCAGUGAACAUGACCGCCCUGCCGUGGAUACCCAUUUGGAAGGAGACGCAGACGGCGACGGAGGACGGAAGGAACGCCACCGUGUAUUCUGGGACCGAUUACUCAGCCCUGAAGACGGUGGCUGAGACGCUGAACUUCACCAUCAGUAAAGUCCGGGCGAGAAACUUCAUGGAGGUGGAGAAGCUGGUGGAGGAGGGAGCAGUGUUCCUGUGUCCCCUGAGUUACUCUAUACUGCCCGAGAGAAUGGAAAGAUAUGAUUUUACUCGCUGGUACACUUUCAUCUACCGCGUCUUCGCUAUGAGGAUGCCCGUCCCCUCCUCUUCCUGGAAGAGCCUGGUCACCCCGCUCUCGGGCGAGGUCUGGGCCGGCGUCGUCGUCGCCACGGGCCUCGUGACCGUGGCUCUCAGACUCAUGAACCGUUUAGCAGGCGACUGGCAUCCCAACCUCGGCAAAGGAUUCCUGCAGAUCUACAAGACCCUCCUGGGACAAGACCUCGCUCAACGGCGCCUGAGCACCACAGCCACCCGACUCGUCAUCAUUACGUGGCUGGCAUUCGCUCUCAUUGUCGGCGUUGCUUACAGGACGAACCUCAUGGCCGCCCUCACUUUUCGCACGCAGCCUCCUCGCCCUGAAACCAUCGAAGAGCUCGUGCAAGCAGUGGACAGGAUCAACGUCCCAGGAUACGGAAAAACCUGGAAGGAUUUUUACUUGUCGUCUCCUAGUAGGGUCUACAGAGCGCUCGGGGAACUCUUUUUCAUUGGGCCAACCAUAGAGGAGGCACUGGAGCUGGCGACGAAGGAGAACCACGCCGUCAUCGCCGACCGCCUUUUCUUGAACUAUGUCAUCGCCUCGAACUUCAGCAGCGCGUCUGGCGGGGCGACGCUGUACACGGGCAAGGGCAUCGUCUACACGAGCCCCGCCGGCUGGAUUGUUCCCCACGACGCGCCUUAUAAGCGGCAGCUGGACCGCCUGCUCACGCCCUUCGUCGAGAACGGCCUGUUCAUCAAGUGGCACAGAGACAUGAUGCAGGAAGUACAAGAGGGGAACCUCCGGAGGCAGAAGGAGGAACGCGGAGCAGGGGAGAGCGUCGACCGGGCCAUCAGCCUCAGCCACAUGCAAGGGCCUCUGUGCAUUCUGGGUCUGGGUCUUGGGUUGGCUGGGUUCACGUUCAUGGCCGAGCUGGCUCUUCGUUCGCGGGGAGCCGGUCGCCCGCGUCGUGGGGUGUGUGUGCCUCAAAGAUCUGAUAAUUAAAAGGCAUACAGCUCUGUUAAGAUGUCGUACCUGAUUGUUGAAAACUGUACUUAACCGAAAACAAAUUUGGUUCUAUGACUAUAACGUAACAAUCUGCAGACCUCCAAAACUACAAAUUUGGUAUUAUUAUUCCCUUUCGGGAAACUAGAGUGCAAAAAAAACGUCAAAACUAUGAAUGAAGCCAUUUAAAAUAUGAAACGAUUGUGUAUGUGAAAAAAAUAUUUCUCUUUCUGAGUGACGAUAUCAAUGACGUCACGAGAUGGUCGUGACGUCAUGACGAGUGGUACAGAGUGGUUUCUAGAGGAGAAGGCUCGAGUUGUGUA